GCCCGCUCGCCCUUUCCUUCCCCCCACUUGACAUCUCAUCACCAUUUCCAUCCGCGCACCGAUCCCUUCAGCACUUCACCAUCGCACACAUAGGGUGAUUGCAGUCUCCUGUCUCGCAACGAGAGAUUAAAGCGCGCUCCAUCGAGCCUCGCUCCUUUGCUCCUCAUCAUCACUCGCCGCAUCUUGAACGCGAUUGGGAGGAUCGACGCGCGACCAACACCUACAACUCCGCGACUCCAGCACCAAGCUCCCUUUAUUUCCUCAUUCGGCCUCACCGCUCACAGCGAUGUCAUCACCGCGUCGCGCAGCCUCUCGCGCCCUCGCUCGGUCAGAGAGCAUCGACGCCGCAGGUUUCGACAACGGCAACGACAGCCCCAAUACCAGCGCCGGCCGGAGGCGCAGCCGCCCAGAGGUCAGCCGUAAAGUCAUUCACCAGAGCUUCGCAUAUGGGGCGCCCAGUGAUGGGACCAUGACAGCAAAGCGGUCCACCAGCGGCGGAAAGAGGGGCGGCUCAGCAGCAGGGUCGCCAGACACGUCAGCAGAGAGCAUGGCAAAGGAGGAGCAGGAGGCGGCUGCUUCGACUCAGCAACCUGCGGCACCCGCAGCCUCGCGAUACGCAGCCUUGAAGGCCAGAAAGCAGUCAGGGGGAGCAGCAGCCAAAAAGGGUGCGGCUUCGGGAUUGGUCAGCGCUUCAUCGCCUGCCACUCGCAGGUCUGCUCGACUCAGCGUCGCCUCAGGCAGCCAGGACGCAGACAAUGCUGCCAGGACGCGAGCGAUGGCAGACUUUGAGGACGACGAAGGGGAGAGUGACGAUGAAGAAGACGACGCACAGGGCAAAGCGAGGAAGUCAUCCGUACCUCCGCCGCCGGUGGCUGGCGUUCGCUCUGCAGGCGGCUACCAGCUAAGCAGCUACUUCGUCCGCGCUCCAGUUGGCAGCAUGUCACCCGGCCCCUCCGAGGACAGACGUAGCAUGAUGCCCUCGUCCCUACUGCGCGGCGCUCAGCGACCUAGUCACGACCCCUUGUCGCCACGCCGCGGCGACAUGGACGGUAGUAUGCGCUCCAGCGAUGCAGGCGACUCGCGCUCUUUCGCCUCAGAGGAAGCCUUCGUCCGCAGGGACAUCGAUCGAGACAUGACGCCUCCUGCUCGCGGAGGUGCACGCGGCUGGCUGGCCAAUCUAAGCCCCUGGAACAAAGGCGCCAAUAGCAGCGGCAGCUCACGCGCACGUCGCGACCCAGACUUUGUCCCCGACGCGGCCGAGGAGACAGAGGAGAACCAUCUACAGCGCCGCAAGGCUCGCAAAUCUAAGGACGAUGCCGUGUACAAGCCGUCGGAGGACGGAGAAGAGGAGGACGAUGAUGAUAUUAGCGAUGAUGACGGGCGGAAAGGUAGGAGGCGGAAGAGUGGAGACGUGGAUAAGAGCGCCAGAGGUGGGCGAGAUGAUAAUCGCAUUUGGAUGGGAGCAAAGAAGCGUAAAGGUCGUAAAGGGAGGAGGAGCGAUGGGACUGAGAUGGGCGUGGAUGAUAGCCAAGAAGUCGUCUACGAUGAUGAUGCACAAGAGGCCGCAGCGCGACCCUCUGUCCUGCACCGCGCUGCCGCGACGGGAACUCAAGCAGCCGAUACCUGGAGUGGAUCCUCAAUGCUCAAGACCGUUGGGCUCGCAGUGGCCGGUCUAGCUGUCCUCGGAGCUAUCAGCCCCAACUUAUCCAACUCACCAUCUACCCGGUCGAGCGCUCCCUCCUCCUCGGUUCCCCUCUUUGGCAGCUUCUUCAGUGGACGAGGUACCUUCACCGCCUCGAAUAUCCCCCCCUCCGACUUCGACGCCUUCGUCUCUCGUCUUCUCAGUCUUGAGACAACCGUCGGCUCCCUCAGCGCAACCUCCGAUUCGCUUCUCAAGUCGCACAAGGAGAUGGCGCGCCAAGUGUCCACUCUCGAGCUUAGCUCCAAGGAAGUCCGCUCACUCCUUCGCAGGAUAGAAGAAGACAGUAGGCUUGCUCAGUCCAAGCUUGAUGGCAAGACCAAGUCACUCGAGGACGUCGGCAAGCGAUUGCGGGAGCAAGUCGACAAGCUCGAAGCGCACGUCGCCGCGACACCGUCCUCCUCCAGCGCUGACACUGAUGCCCUUCGCCGCGAGAACGACAAGCAUCGCCAACAAGUCGAAGUCCGUCUGGAGAAGCUACGCGCCGAUCUGAAGGGCAACGAAGAUCAAAUGGCAAAGAUGGCCGCCUCGGUCAAGUCGGCAGAGACUGUUGCGAAUCAGGCAAAGCAGGCGCUCCAGCCGCUCCUGGAGGCCAACCUGCCCGCCCAGAUGCCAGUCAAGAUUGACAAGCGAACGGGCAAGCCGCAGAUUGAGCCUUGGUUUUACGAGUCGCUCAAGAGUGUUGUGGCGAGCGCCGACGGCAGCUCAAGCGGUGGCGGCCAAGGUGACGACUCAUUUUCGUGGGACUCGUUCAAACGCGCGCACGGGGCCGCUCUUCGCGCUCUGGUCCAUGAGGAGUCGUCUGACCUCUUCGAGGAGCGCCGCAAGUCUCACGCCCUCGUCUCUCGCUCAGACUUCCUUGCUCUUCUUCAGGCGGAGAUCGAGACCAUGAAGGGGUCUCUGGAGGAGACAUUCAAUGAGAAUGCGCAAAGCAUGCAGAAUGAGAUACUGGGCAAGGUCAGGGCGCAACAGGCCAUGUUCGAGGAAUCGGGCAGCUGGUCCAAGGGUGGGAAGAAGAUCGUCGCAGAGGAGUCCGCUGCCGCCAGCGUCCCGCUCUCUCUACCCGACCUUGGACAGCUACGCUCCAAGGACGGGGCUGAUCCUCGCAACUCAAUACUCGCCCUCAUCGACGCGGCGCUCGACACGUACUCAAUGUCUAAGACCAACAAGGCGGACUUCGCCCUCUACUCUGCCGGCGGACGUGUCAUCCCUUCUCUCACGUCGCCCACCUUUGAGAUGACGGCGCGCGGCCCCAACAGUGGCAAGCAAAAGGGCUGGCUGCCCUGGUCUUCUGCUAGCAAGCCCGUCACGCAAUUUAGGUCACGCUCCCCGGUCGUCGCCUUGCACCACGAUAAUGCUCCAGGAAUGUGCUGGCCCUUCGCUGGGUCCAAUGGGCAAUUGGGCAUCCAACUAGCUCGACCGGCGGUGGUCACCGACUUCACCAUUGAGCACCCGCCCGCUUCGCUCACAUUUGGUGACUCCAGCACCGCCCCGAGGGAUAUCACCGUUUGGGGCCUGGUGCAACGCGAGGAGGACAGGGAGAAGCUGAGGCGCUGGAGGGAGUCUGAGUCUGCCCGUGGAGAAGACAGAGCAGGAGAGAUGGACAUGAUGCCCGCUCCUCCCUCUCCCAACCACUUACACCUGGCCACCUUUACCUACGAGGCUGGAGGCAAUGGGACGGCCUCUGCGCCCGGUCGUCGCCCCCGCUCAGUGCAGACAUUCCCCGUCUCACCCGAGGCGGCCGCGUUGGGUAUCCCGGUCUCGGUGGUGCAGGUGAGAUUCUUGUCCAACCAUGGUAACAGGGAUUACACGUGCUCCUACCGGGUGCAAGUACAUGGCGUUGCGUACCAGCAGCAACAUGCGUAGGCGCAGAUGCAAUGGCAGAAGGAGAGGCAGUACCUGUAGCGUAGCGAGGGUCUCUAUAUCCAGAAUUGUCUCGUCCCGGUUCGAUUCUCUACGGUCCAGGGCAC